UCCACUAUUUUAGACCCUCUGAGGUCUGCACUGUUUUGAUCUACAAACCCUAACACACACAAACCAAAAUCAUGGCUUGGAAGCGCCUUCUAACUCUAGCUCACCGGCCCCACAGACCUUUAUCAGCAACCACGACCAGAUCCUUUUCCAAUGCCGCCUCCGUCGCCACCGUCAGUCCCACCACUCCACCCACCCCACCACCGCCAACCGCCAUGAUCUACGACCGAUUAGCUGAAUCAGUCAAAUCAAAGCUCAAACUCCUCGAAAACCCGGACCCAAGAUUCCUCAAAUACGGGUCACCCCACCCAACUCUCAAAACCCACACACAUAUCCUCUCCUCACCUGAAACCCGCAUCACUACGCUCCCUAAUGGUCUCCGUGUCGCUACUGAGUCGAAUCUGGCUGCUAAAACUGCGACUGUUGGUGUUUGGAUUGAUGCCGGGUCGAGAUUUGAGUCCGAUGAGACAAAUGGGACUGCUCAUUUCUUGGAACAUAUGAUAUUUAAGGGAACGGAGAAGAGGGGUGUGAGGGAAUUGGAAGAGGAGAUAGAGAAUAUGGGAGGGCAUUUGAAUGCGUAUACAAGUAGAGAACAGACUACUUAUUAUGCUAAAGUUAUGGACAAAGAUGUUAAUAAGGCCUUGGAUAUUUUGGCUGAUAUUUUGCAGAACUCUACUUUCGAUGAGGGGAGGAUAUCUAGGGAGAGGGACGUUAUUACUUUGGAAAUGAAGGAGGUUGAGGGGCAAACCGAGGAAGUAAUUUUUGACCAUUUGCAUGCAACUGCUUUUCAAUACACUCCUUUAGGUAGAACUAUUCUGGGACCUGCUAAAAACAUCGAGACAAUAUCCAGGGAUGAUCUUCAGAACUAUAUACAAACACACUACACAGCUCCUAGAAUGGUGAUUGUUGCAUCAGGGGCUGUGAAACAUGAGGAGUUUGUCGGGGAAGUAAAGAAGUUGUUUACGAAGUUAUCAUCUGAUCCAACUACUGCUGCACAGUUAGUUGCCAAAGACCCUGCAUAUUUCACUGGUUCUGAGGUCAGGAUAACUGACGAUGAUGUUCCUCUGGCACAAUUCGCCGUCGCUUUUCAAGGAGCAUCUUGGACAGAUCCAGAUUCCAUUGCUUUGAUGGUCAUGCAGGCUAUGUUGGGUUCUUGGAACAAGAGUGCAGGAGGUGGAAAGCACAUGGGUUCUGAACUAGCACAAAGGGUUGGCAUUGAUGAAAUAGCAGAAAGUAUGAUGGCUUUCAACACAAACUACAAGGACACUGGUCUUUUUGGUGUUUAUGCUGUUUCAAAGCCGGAUUGCUUGGAUGAUUUAGCCUGGGCAAUCAUGCAUGAGACAACUAAGUUAUGCUAUCGAGUUUCAGAAGCUGAUGUCACACGUGCUUGUAAUCAGUUAAAAUCUUCCUUGCUACUUCACAUUGAUGGAACUAGUCCUGUAGCGGAAGAUAUUGGGCGCCAGCUACUUACUUAUGGUCGAAGAAUCCCAUAUGCUGAACUGUUUGCUAGGAUUGAUUCUGUCAAUUCAAGCACUAUCAAACGUGUUGCAAACCGAUUUAUUCACGACCAGGAUAUUGCAAUUGCGGCCAUGGGUCCCAUCCAAGGGUUGCCUGACUACAACUGGUUCAGGCGCAGGACCUACUUGAAUCGUUACUAGAUUGUGCCAGGCGUUUGUUUAUUACGGCAUCCUUGUGUAUUGUGCAGUUGCCAAACAUUUUACUGCUUCUGCACGCAACGAUAUCUUCUGAGAGCCCUCACGGCUGCCUAAGCCCCAUUUUUUUUAGGUUUUUGCUUCUGUAAUGAUAUCAUUGUUAACAGUAAUAAGCGAAUGCAGUCUCCAAUAUAUGCCUAGGCUGCUGAAAAGGAUUUCAAAUUCCGUGCAUUUAAAGCUGAUGUAUGAGCUUGCAUCUUCCCCUUCUUGAAUAGGAUAAAAAUACAUGUCUCUAUUUUCCAA